AAUCUGGCUGUCAGAUGAUUGAUGUGCUGGAAAGCUGGACUAGAACCUUAUAUACGAUCGCCGCGCGAUCUUCCAGUCUUGAAGUCGUCGCAAUUGAAAGAUCCGAACGACACGUAUUCUCACCGUUAUGACUGAACCGAAGUUCAGAGUCGCAAUCGUUGGUGCUGGGAUCGGAGGGCUGCUGCUCGCCCUUUCGUUGGAGAAAUUCUGUGACAACAUCGCAGUAGACAUCUACGAGUCUACCGCAGUGCUCACCGAGACCGGUGCUGGAAUCGGUGUAUGGCCAAGAGUGCAGGAGAUAUUGAGACAUAUCGGGUUGGAAGAUGAACUUCUUUCCAUGUCAUACUCGAAGAGCCAUGCCGACGCGGCUCCCCCAACAUUGACAUUCAGAAAGUCCGACCAACUAGAGGGGUUUCCGUUCCUCGAGAACAGCGUCCAAUUUGCGACCUAUCAUAGGGCACACUUCCAAGCUUUGCUCCGCAAGCAUCUUCCGAAGUCAUGUCGAAUCUACUUUUCCAAACGUCUAGCAACCUACACAGAGAACGACUCCGGAGAGAUAUUCCUGCAAUUCUUGGACGGAUCGACGGCCACAUGCGACGUUCUUGCCGGUUGCGAUGGCAUCAAGUCCACAGUUCGUAAGGUUCUGUACCAGUCGCUAGCUGAUAAGGCCAUACAAGAUGGUAACAACGCGAAAGCCACCGAUCUGCUAGCCCAAGCGAAACCGGUCUGGUCAGGAAGGACCGUUUAUCGAAGUCUACUGUCCCGAGAUGUACUUGAACAUGCGUGUCCUGGACAUCCACAUCUGACAAAGCCAUAUUUGUGCGCCGGGAGAGACCACCAUGUGGUCACAUAUCCGAUCUCUCAAGGCCAAAAGCUUAACGUCGGCGUAUAUAUAUUCGAUGCGGAGAAAGAAAAUACACAAUACGAUAGCGCUGUCUGGGUGCGCAAAUGCUCCAAGGACGAAUUCAUCGCCUCUUUCUCCACCUUCGAGCCUCAAGUGACGGGAUUGUUAAAUUGUCUUGAUGACGUCUCGGCGUGGGCGGUCCAUACAUUGCCAUUGUUGCCCACUUAUGUAGGCGACCAAGUUGUGCUCCUUGGUGAUGCGGCACACGCAAUGACCCCAUUCCAAGGUUCAGGAGCUGGGCAAGCAAUGGAGGAUGGCUUCAUCCUUGCCUCAAUUCUCGCCCACUCUCACGUAACGCGUGACACUCUUCCCAGGGCCUUGCAGAUCUACGAUAGCAUACGCCGUCCGUUUUCUCAGUGGGUCGUCCAGCAUUCGCGAGCGACAGGCGAUUUCGACGACCUCAGAGCUGCGGAAUUCGAGAAGCUCUCUGACACAAAAGGCGCGCUUUCUGAAGGCCAGCUGGCGAAGAUAUCCGAGAGCCUGGAUAGCAUGUUCGAGUGGCACAUGAAUACCAGCGUGAUGCCCGACCGAGACAGGGCCCUUGAGUUGCUGAAUGCUAUGGAAUAGAUCAUGUGUCA